CCAACAAAUGGGUUGCACCCUUUAUGGGCCACAUGUUGUGCUCUUGGCCCUUCUCCUCUCCUUCUCAUUCUCUCUUUCCUAUCAUCGUCCUCCCUCACGAGCCACUCUCUCCAUCCCUGCACCUCAAGACACUGAUGGUCUCACUCCUCAGCAGGUUCAUGUAUCUCUAGUUGGAGACAACAAGAUGAGAAUAACAUGGAUUACAGAAAAUGAAGCUCCAUCAACAGUGGACUAUGGCACAUCAUCAAGAACAUACACAUCCUCAGCCACCGGCUCAGUCACUUCCUACUCUUUCUUGCUUUACACUUCAGGCCACAUCCAUGAUGUUAUCAUUGGUCCUCUAUCUCCAAGCACUGUUUACUACUACCGUUGUAGUUCUAACUCUGCUUAUGAGUUCUCCUUCAAGACACCACCUUCCAAACUCCCUCUUAAGUUUGCCAUUGUAGGUGAUCUAGGUCAGACUGGAUGGACAAACUCAACUUUGCAACACUUGGGAGGUUCAGACUAUGAUGUCUUGUUACUGCCUGGGGACUUAUCUUAUGCUGACCUGGACCAACCACUGUGGGACUCUUAUGGAAGGUUAAUUGAGCCAUUUGCUAGCUCUCGUCCAUGGAUGGUCACUGAGGGUAAUCAUGAGAUUGAGAAGCUCCCUCCCAUGGAGUCAAGUCCAUUUAAGUCCUACAAUGCACGUUGGCGCAUGCCUUAUGAUAUUAGUGCAUCUGACUCUAAUCUCUACUAUUCUUUUGAUGUUGCUGGUGGUGUUGUUCAUGUUCUCAUGCUUGGUUCUUAUACUGAUUUUGACUCAAGCUCAGCACAGUUCAAGUGGUUAAUGGCAGACUUGGAUAAGAUUGACAGGAAGCAGACACCAUGGUUGUUGGCUUUAAUACAUGCACCUUGGUAUAACUCUAAUGAAGCUCAUCAAGGGGAUGGUGAGGACAUGAGGAAGUCCAUGGAGAACCUUCUUUAUCAGUACAAAGUUGAUGUUGUUUUUGCUGGUCAUGUUCAUGCCUAUGAACGCUUUACACGUGUGUAUGAUAACAGUAAAGAUGGAUGUGGACCCAUGCACGUGACCAUUGGAGAUGGUGGAAACCGAGAAGGGUUGGCAAACAAGUUCUUGGAUCCCCAGCCUGAGAUUUCAGUGUUUAGAGAGGCUAGCUUUGGGCAUGGGGAGUUCUUGGUGGUCAAUGAGACUCAUGCUCACUGGACUUGGCACAGGAAUGAUGAUGAUGAACAGGUUAUGGCUGACCAGGUCUGGGUAACAACCCUCAUCUCUCAGACAACGUGCAAGAACAAGACUACCAAAUGAAGCUUUGUAAUUACCCAUUGUACUUAAUUUGCAGGCUUAUUAAUUUGGACUAUAUAUUAUGAACUCUAAAUUAAUAUAUAUUGAGAUCAUCGCCAAUAUUGUACUUUAUUUGAUGACUUUGUUAGCAUGCAUUUGUAGUA